AUGUAUCGAGUUAAGAUUUUUUGUUUAUUAUCAAUAUUAUUGAACCUUAUGACAAUAUCACAUGGAGAGUUAUUCACUGCUAUAUCGGAUGUUGAACCGCUAUUGGAAACACAUAAAAAGAUCAUCGAUGAUUUAGAAGAUUACAUAAAAAAGGAAGAGGACAGGUUGCAGGCGUUGAAAAGACACCUGGUUAUAUAUAGGCGGGAACAUGAGCAAGCUAUGGAAGACAUACCUAACUACCUUGGGAAUCCUAUAAACGCGUUUACUCUGAUAAAGAGAUUGACCAUAGAUUUGGACGACAUUGAGAAGAGUAUUGAAAUAGGCACUGAAUAUAUUAAAAACAUAACAAUUAUAAAUAAUCACGCGAACGUCAAAUAUCCAACUUUGGAGGAUUUAACGGGAGCUGCGCAGGCGCUGACGAGAUUGCAACAGACGUACAAACUAGAGGUCAAAGACCUGUCAGAGGGGAGACUUAAUGGAGUUGUUUACAGUACACCAAUGAGCGCCGGCGAUUGUUACGAGCUUGGUAAAGCUCUGUACAACGAAAAGGAUUAUGAGAAUGCGUUAGAUUGGAUGAAUGAGGCCCUGUACAAGUAUGUUGAUGAAGACCAACCCUACCCGUUCAGCGAGGCCGAUAUAUUGGAAUACAUAAGCUUCUCGCAUUAUUUAUUAGGUGAUCUUAAGAGCGCAAUAGAAUGGACUAAGAAUCUAUUGCUGAUUGAACCAAAACACAGCAGGGCUGCGGGCAAUCUGCCGCACUACCAGAAAGCGUUACAAGAGAAAGAAUUGAAGGCAAAGAAAAGGCGUAAAGGGGACACCGGUGAACCAGAUAUUGAAUACGAACCACAAGCUAAAGAGUCAAGAUCAAACUCAUACAGCGCAGAGAGACAGUCAUAUGAAGCGUUGUGCCGCGGAGAAAAGGAAUUACCGCCGGAAAUAACUAAAACUCUCACAUGCCGCUACAUGACAGAAAAUCACCCGUUCCUUAAACUAGCGCCCGUCAAAAUGGAGUACUUGUACAGGAAUCCAGAUAUUAUAGUAUUUAACGAUGUUCUGAGCGAAUAUGAAAUUGAUUAUAUAAAAAGACUAGCUCAACCAAGGUUCCGUCGUGCGACCGUACACGACCCGGCGACCGGCGAGCUAGUUCCCGCUCACUAUAGGAUCAGUAAGUCAGCUUGGCUCAAAGAUGAGGAAUCAGCGAUUGUAGCUCGAGUAUCACGACGAGUGGCUCAUAUAACAGGCCUUAGUAUGACAACCGCUGAAGAAUUACAAGUGGUUAACUACGGCAUUGGAGGACAUUAUGAUCCACACUUUGACUUCGCUAGGAAAGAAGAAAACGCAUUUGAGAAGUUCAAUGGCAACCGCAUAGCUACAGUUCUGUUUUACAUGUCAGACGUGGCUCAAGGCGGGGCGACCGUGUUCACAGAGCUCGGUCUGAGUGUGUUCCCGCGGCGAGGCUCUGCCGUCUUCUGGCUGAAUCUGCACCCGUCUGGCGAAGGAGACCUCGCCACACGACACGCAGCCUGCCCUGUACUGAGGGGUUCUAAAUGGGUUUGCAACAAGUGGAUACAUCAAGGCGGCCAAGAAUUAAUACGACCUUGCAAUCUAGAAUACCAAAAGGAAAGCAUCAUACGGCCGAUACCGCAACCAAUUGAAAAAUUCUUCAGAUAA